AUGGACAAUAACUUCACCUACACAGGUAUCUCAAGCCACCUCUUGCAAAACCAUGCAAGCAUUUUCGUGUCCCCUUGUGCAUCUCACUGUUUGAACAUGAUACUAGAAGAUUUCUCCAAGGUGGAUUGGGUCAACCGAUGUAUCUCGCAAGCGCAGGUGAUAUCUAAGUUCGUCUACAACAAUAGCUCCUUGCUAGAUUUGAUGAACAAGUUUACAGGUGGGCAAGAUAUUAUCAGAAGCGGUGUCACAAGGCCCGUCUCCAGUUUUCUAUCAUUACAGUCAAUGUUGAAGCAGAAAGCAAGGCUCAAACAAAUGUUUAAUAGCCCUGACUACUCCACGCACGCUAAUAAACCACAGAGCAUGUCAUGUGUGGGUAUCCUCGAGGAUAAUGAUUUCUGGAGAGCUGUGGAAGAAAGUGUGGCUGUUUCCGAGCCUAUCCUCAAAGUGUUGAGGGAAGUUUCUGGUGGAAAGCCUGUUGUAGGAUCUAUAUACGAGUUAAUGUCGAGGGCCAAGGAGUCAAUACGGACAUACUACAUCAUGGAUGAGAAUAAGCAUAAGGUCUUUUCUGACAUCGUUGAUACAAACUGGUGUGACCAUUUGCAUUCACCUCUUCAUGCAGCUGCUGCAUUCUUGAACCCCAGUAUUCAGUAUAACCCGGAGAUAAAGUUCCUUACUUCUUUGAAAGAAGAUUUUUUCAAGGUUUUGGAGAAACUUCUUCCCACUAGUGAUCUACGGCGUGAUAUUACAACUCAGAUAAUCACUUUCACUAGGGCAAAAGCAAUGUUCGGGUGUAAUCUGGCGAUGGAGGCGAGGGAUACAGUAUCACCAGGCCUCUGGUGGGAGCAGUUUGGUGACUCAGCACCCGUGUUGCAGCGUGUGGCUAUCAGGAUACUGAGUCAAGUUUGCAGCGGUUACAACUUGGAACGCCAAUGGAGCACAUUCCAGCAGAUGCACUGGGAAAGGCGAAACAAGAUUGACAGAGAGUUGCUGAACAAGUUGGCGCACGUGAAUCAGAAUCUCAAGUUGGGGAGAAUGAUAAGCUUGGAGACUGACCCGAUUGCCGUGGAGGACAUGGACAUGAUGUCGGAGUGGGUGGAAGAGGCAGAGAAUCCCAGUCCUGCCCAGUGGCUCGACCGGUUUGGAUCCUCCUUUGAUGGAGGCGACUUGAACACGAGGCAGUUUGGCGGUGCUAUUUUCAGUGCAAAUGACCAUAACAUCUUUGGCUUGUGA